AACGUUUGUGCGAUUUGUCUACAAUAAGAAUCCAACAAUAUUUAAUCUCAUGUUCGUCGUCAAAAUUCUCAUAAUUUAUUUUUUUAUUUGCUGCAGGUUGUCGUAAUUCGUAAAUAUUCGUAGCCAAUUUAUAUUUUAUUUUAAAAUCAUCAAAUUUUUCACUUGAUAGGAAUGGAAGCAACAGGGGAUAGCAACUUGGACCUUGAUGAACCAUCAAAAUGGGGACUAAAAUUGCUUCUCAAUCAUGAAUAUCCUCUGCAGACAAAACAGCUACUUAUACCAAAACCAAAUCAGAUCCUUGAUUUGGUGCCGCUUUCAGCAAGAUAUGUGAAGUAUUACUGUGCGAAAAGAAUGCAAAAGAAGCGGCCCAUAAUGGAUUAUUUUAAUACAAUUAAUGCACAAAGGAUACAUGGUUGCCCCAUUGGUGGUAUUGGUGGUGGAACUAUAGGUAGAGGAUUCAAAGGAGAAUUCUGUAGAUUUCAGUUGUAUCCUGGUAUAUAUGAAUACAUAACUGUACCAGAAUGCCAGUUUAUAGUCAAUAUAAGAAAUGAACAGAAUGUUACUAUAUUUCAGUCAGUUUUGUCUACAUAUAACAAACCAAAGAAAGCACCGACAUCUUGGGAAUGGAAUCUAGACAGUUCUCAAUGUGAAUAUACUGCAUUGUAUCCAAGAGCGUGGACCACUUAUGACCUUUCCAAAUAUGGAAUAAAAUUAGUCUGUCGCCAAAUAUCACCGAUUAUACCGCAUAACUAUAAGGACUCGAGUCUACCCUGUGCAGUUUUUGUUUUUACCGCCAAAAACGUGUGUAACGAACGUCGCACCGUAAAUAUAACGUUUACAUGGACCGAGAUACCAGUUGGAGUGAAUAAACGUAAAAAUAGUGGGAAGCUAGACUUGGAGAGGUAUUCAGAAGAGAAUACGUGCGGAGUGACAUUAGAACAAAGAGUUUCUGACACUCCACUCACGUUUACAAUAGCCAAGAAUAAAUCCGAGAACGAGACAAUACACGAGGGUUACUGCUUGUGGAAUUCGUUGAAGACGUCCAGUUAUGUAUGGGAGUGUAUUAAGAAGAAUGGCAAACUAGAACCAGAUCCUAGUCAAAGUGCAACUCCUCCCAAAGGCGAAAAGGAUAAAAUUGAUGAUAGCGAUAAACCAAAGAAAAUUUAUAAAAAUGAUUCCAUUGGUCUGUCGAACUCCAUAUCGUUGGAUCCUGGUGGAUGUGAUGUUGCAGAGUUCUGCCUUGUUUGGGAUAUGCCUAUGAUAAAAUACAAGAAAGAGAGAAAGGUGCAUAAACGAUAUUACACAAAGUAUUUCGGUAGUGACGGUAUAGCGGGUGCGAGCAUAGCUGCGUACGCGCUUCGGAACUAUAAGAGUUGGGAGAAGCAACUCGCAGAGUGGCAGGACCCAAUACUUAAUAACAGCAAUAUACCAGAUUGGUUAAAAAGUGCCUUAAUGAAUGAGCUUUACUAUGUGGCGGACGGUGGGACUAUUUGGUUUGACGUCAGCGAAGACUUUCCUGAGACUGAUCCUAGACAUGAUUUCGGUGUAUUCGGUUACUUGGAGGGUCAUGAAUAUAGAAUGUAUAAUACAUACGAUGUUCAUUUCUAUGCAUCGUUUGCCUUAGCACAGUUGUGGCCUAAUUUACAAGUUGUAUUACAAUAUAUGUACCGAGACGCGAUAGCUCUGGAGACUACUCAAUGCCGACAAUCUCUAUAUGAUGGGAAAUAUGUAAAAUUCAAAAUAAAGGAAUCCAUUCCACACGAUUUGGGCGAUCCAGAGGACAUCCCAUUCACAAACAUAAACGCGUAUAACAUACAUGACGUGUCCGAAUGGCGCGAUCUAAACCUCAAAUACAUCCUCCAAGUCAUGCGUGAUUAUCGUCUGUUAAGGGCCUAUAGUGCCCCAUUCCCAAACGAACGUUACUAUUCCAUGGCCUAUAUUGAUGACGUUAGAGAAGGCACAGAGAACGAUCUCUACACACGAUCAACGGAACAACCGGAUGAGAAAUCGCCGGAUUUAUCCGUCGACUUAUCUCUCGACCCUUCACCCGUACCCAACAAGGAGGUCCCUGAUAUUCUGGAUCUCCUCUAUCGCAGCUCAGAAGUAGUGCAAGAGUGUCAGGAGAUAGAAGAUCCCAAAGAAUCGGUUACGACUUGGAAUGCUAAGCAGUAUUUGAUGGAUAUGUAUCCGUCGUGUGCGGCGUUGCUUAGGAAGGGAUUGACGUGGGACAAGGAUGGUGAUGGGUUGAUUGAAAAUGGUGGUUUCCCCGAUCAAACUUAUGAUGCGUGGGUUAUGUCUGGACCUAGUGCUUAUUGUGGUAGUCUCUGGGUGGCUUCAAUAAGUGUAGUCCGAGCGAUGGCACACAUACUCGGACAAGAAGAAGAUGAAAGAGAGUUCUCGAAACUUCUAGAACGGGCGAAAACGUCGUUUGGUGAUAAAUUGUGGAAUGGAAGCUUCUAUAAGUUCGAUACUAAGCCCUCGAAUAAGAAUGUCGUGAUGGCAGACCAGUUGGCUGGACAGUGGUUCCUCCGCGCAUCUGACUGGAACGAGGAAGUGUUCCCCGAAGCAAACGUACGGAAGGCACUUCAGACCAUAUAUGAUAAUAAUUGUCAGAAGUUCUUGAAUGGGAGAUGUGGGGCUGUCAAUGGAUUCGUGACGGGUCGGCGUAGUAAAAUUGAUACCACGGCGCUGCAGAGUAUGGAAGUAUGGCCUGGUGUCACCUUUGGGCUUGCCUCGCUCAUGAUAUAUGAAGGUAUGCAUGAGCAAGCAUUCGCAAUGGCUGGUGGUCUCUACAAUACAUUAACUAAAAUGGGCUUGGCAUUCGAGACACCCGAAGCCUUAUACGAAAAUGGUAACCACAGAUCCAUAGCGUAUAUGCGGCCUCUUUCGAUAUGGUCAAUGUAUCAGGCGAUUAUUGCUAGGCCGCCGCGAAUUAACCACGUAAAUGGUCAAAUACAUGGAAAACAUUUAUAGUGAUGCCACGGUAAGGGCGGAUGAUUUUGAAAAAAUAAAUUAAUUCGGAAAAUAGUUUUGCUAGAAAGUGGAUAAAAUUAUUGAUUAUCGCUUUUUGUCACGUGAUGAGUCAUGGACAGUAGUUUUUGUGCAUUUUUGAUUUGCGAUGGUCACACCUGUCGAAAAGUUUGUAUUGUCUAGAGCUCCUGGCCCUAGACAUGUGUAAGCAGCGACAUUUGUUAUGUCGUGUCCGUUAGGUUCGUGAUGCCUAAAAUAAAAGUGCCUAAAGGAUACAUCGACUUAAUUAAAAAAAAAAUUAUAUUUUAAGUCAUCCGCCUUUGUGUCAUUAUCGUGGAAUAUUUUACUCUAAGUGAAUGUUACCCACGUGUCAAAAUGAGUAAUUUAUUAACACUUGUUUAGCACUGCACAAAGAUAUUUUAAAUCACUUAUGAGCAUUCUUCACGUUUAAUAUUUAUUGUGUACGAUAAAUAAUAUAUAUAUAUGUAUAUAUAAAUAAUUAAAAAUGACUACGGAGUCCAAAUACUAUAUUUAAAAAAUUGUUUAUGGACUAUUUCUAUAAAAAACAUAAAACCAGGCAAUAAAUUCUGAGAUUUGUAUUUUGAAAAAAGAAUUCCAAAACGAUGUUUAUUCGACGAAUCCUCCAGUGUAUCGAUAUAUAUAUCGAUCUUGAAAACCAUAAAUCGAAAUAAAUAUCGAUCGUGGAGUUUGCUCCAUAUUAAAUGCAAUAAAAUUGCGUGUUGACAUUACCAUUUUAUUGUGCCAUUUAAAAUUGUUAUCUACGUGCUACAGCGAGCUUACCACGAAUUUUCAAUACAGCUUUCACUGCUUGACUCCAUGAUUUAUUAAAUGUAAUGAUUAGAUCAUCUUGUCUACCAAUACUCGAUGUUAAAUUAAAUCUCUAGUUUUCGAAAAGUUAGGAAAUUUAAACUGAGCUGUGUAUUUCCAAAGAUAAUAUAUUCAAGUAAUUAUUUU